CCCGUGACGUCACAGUCCCCGCCUCCUCAGGCCUGUGCGGCGCUGUACCAUACCGCUUCUAAUGACGCCAUAGUCCCCUCCCCUCAGUCCUGUGCGGCGCUGCCUGGCCCUGCCCCUUCCGUGGCGUUAGGCUAAGGCCCCGCCCUCCUGUGCGGUGCUGAGCGGCGUGUAUCACGGGCCCUUCUUCUCUGCUGUGAACGCUCAGGGUUGAAGAGCGGGAAGCGGCACAACACGGGCGACGGGCGGACGAGGGGCAGAAGAUAUGGAACGAGCGAAGCAUAAGGACGAAGAGCCGGAAGUGGCGACGGGGCCCGAAUUGGGCCCGGCCGGGGAAUCACCACCCAAGAGCGGCGACUUAGAGCUGGAUAGUUCGAUGCUGGGAAUAAAGGAGGCCGCAGGGGAUACAAGUUAUGCAAGCUCAAUAGAUGCCAUGUAUCCAGAUCCGUCUGAUUCAUUUCCUGGAGGGCUUUUCCCAUGUUCUACCUCUUUUGAUUGGAGUUCCCCAGAUAGUAGUAGUGAAGGGCGAAACAACGUUGGAGGAGAAACAGGGCAAGAAGCCUGUGAAGAAAGGGCUUCACGACCAGGAAAUAGCCGAAUCCCUGGAAAAGACCACAGGCGCUACUACCAUAAUCACUGGAGACUAGAGUAUUUGAUGGACUUUAAUGCCCGCUCCCAUAGUAUGAUCUGUAUGGUUUGUGGCAGUUCUCUGGCCACUUUAAAACUCAGCACCAUCAAGCGACACAUACGCCAGAAGCACCCUUAUUCCCUCAACUGGACACCUUGUGAGAAGGAGGUCAUCACUGGUAGCUGGGAUGCGCACUUAUGCGUUGAUGCUCAGACACUUGCUGGAAGUGAAGAGCACGUGGCAGAGAGCAUGAAAGCCAGAACUGGCCCCAAAAAGAAAAGACGGCGUCUGCCGCCAGUGGCUAAAGGAACAUGGCGGCCUGUGCUGGGUACAGAAUGUCCUCUGCCUUCACCACCGGACAAAACCCUGCUGGAGCAGUACAUGAAUGAGUCUCUUCAGCAGUGGUUUAGAUUAGAAUUUCUCAUGGAUUAUGACUACCAAGGAAACCAGCUCCAUUGUAUGAUGUGUGCAACUGCCUUACCAAGUCUGAGUCUUACCGAUGUCAAACAUCACAUUUUAGAUAAUCAUCCCACCUCAUUGCAGUUCAGCUCUUCUCAGAAAAGUGUGAUUCUAGAUGCCUGGAUAAAUCGUAAGGAGAAUCCAGAAGUGGAAGAAGACAUGACUCCAGAUGUGGAUUUUCAAGAGGACUUGACUCCAGAGGAUCUUCAGGAAGACAUGACUCCAGAGAUGGAGGCAGAAGAAGGCAUGACUCCAGAGGCAGAAGAAGACGACUUGGAUGAUGAUGAUGAUGAUGAUGAAGCUGAAGAGGAAUUUGCUAAAGAUGAUGAAGUGGUAGAAGCUACUACAAAGCCAGAACCUUCUAAUAGGAUGCAGAAAGCUAAACGUUUUGUUGAUUUAAUGGAUAAAGAUAAAGAAUCUGUCCACGAUUUAAGAAAAAGUAAUAUUAAUAGUUGCAGUGCACAACUGACGAAAGUGGAGAAACCUGAGUCUACAGAUUUGGAGCUCCUGGAGGAAGAGGAACCAGUAACUGAAGAACUAGUGGCUGAUGAUGAUUUGAAAGCAAGGAAGAAGCAUCUUCUGAAAUCACAACGGAUAGCCAGAGAACUGCAAAAUCAACAGGAAAAGCAGAAAACUAAAGUAGAAGAGACACAUGAAGCUAGGCAAGGGCAUCUUAUGGAGGAGGGGAAGAGCAAAACUAGGGAGAGACGAUUGCUUAAGGAUGAAAAAAAUGGAGAAAGACAAUUGUUGGAAAAACAGGAGACAGCCAGAGUGGCUUCACUGUUAGAAGAGGAUCAACAAAAAGUAAAGGAGGCUCAGCUGAUGGAAGAAAAGAGGAAAGGUAAAGAGGCUGGGUUGCUGGAGGAGGAGAAGACUGCUAUGGAGACCCAGCUGACAGAGGAAGAAAAGCGGAAAGCCUUGGAGACCCAGCUGCUGGGGGAAGAAAAAAAUGACAAAGAGGCCCAGGAGGAAGAGAAAAGGAAAGCUCAGAAGGCCCAGCUUCUGAAUGAGGAGAAGUCAAAAAAUAGGGAAGCACAGCAGCUAGAAGAACAGAUGGUUAAGGAGGCCAAGAGACUGGAACAGGAGAAACCGAAUGAACAACACGGAAAUUUGAAAGAGGUCCAAGGGUUAACAAGGGAAGUACAGAAUGUGGAUCAAGAAAUACACGUGAAAAUAGAGGAUCAUCAGUAUGCCGAACUGCCUAAGAAUGAAAAAGAAAGGACACAGACUACAAAUCAUAUUCAACCUGAAAAAAUAACAAUUCAUGAAAAAAAGUUGGAUGGUGGAAAAACACUUCGUAGUGAGCCAGAGAAGCGUGUAAUAAAAUUGCAACAAGUGCAGCAGGCACCAACUGUACUGGGAAUUGGACUUCCUGUGUUAAAAAUGGAAACUCCAAGACCUAUAAUUAUAGCACAAGUUUCAGUUAUCCCAGAACAUACAAUCAUCCAGCCACCGAAACCCAAACCCUCCACUUCUGAUAUCUCAAAAACUUGGCGGGUCAUUGCUCCCAAGGUCUCUCCUACAGACCUCCAAAAACCACCCUCUGCUAGCACUGAAACUCCCCAGUCUCCUGCAGGGGUUGACCCCACGGUUUGGGAGGUUAGUGUGUGGAGGGGUAACACCAUAAAUCCUAUCCAAAGCAACACAUACCAAAUGCGUUGGCGCACAGAAUUCAUGAUGGACUUCAAUGGAGUACGUGGGCGUGUGGUCUGCAUGUAUUGUAGCUCCACUCUAAGUGUACUAAAAGAGAGCAGCCUCAAAAGACACAUCGUACAAAAGCACCCACAUACUUUAAACUUCACUGCCGAGGAGAAGGCGGCAGUUAUACUUGACUGGGAGAAUAAGUUGUCUGAAAUGAAGAUGAUGGCAGAAAACCCAAACAAGGAAGGCUUAGUUAUAGCAGAUCCAGGCUUGAGUAUUGUGAAAGCACCAGAUUGUGACCCUGUAGAACCUGAGGAGGAAGAGCCUAUCUGGUCUGGUGUACUACCAGAAGGUAAAGGUGCUUCUUGGGAGUUUGCAUUUGGAAGACUUCAAGGUAAAGUAAAGGACCCUCGUAAAUAUCAACAUGACCGCUGGAAGCUAGAGUUCUUAAUGGACUACACUCCAGCAAAGGAUGGAUUAAUCUGUAUGGUGUGUGGUGCAACAUUGAUGAAUCCAAAAAUCAGUACAGUGAAGAUGCACAUCCAGCAGAAGCACCCGGACACGACGUACCUGAGUGAUCAGGAGAAGGCUGUCGUUAUGGAAGAGUGGGAGCAAAAAAUGACUGCUGGCAAAAAAGAAGCAGGACAGCAGCACAACGAGGAUGAAAUCUGCUUUGAAAUAAAUGAAGACUCGAGCACCUCGGAAACAAAUGGAUCAAGUGUUGCAGCCAGCAGUCCGCAUCCUGAAGUCAUUCUACCAACCUUCUCCAAGACUCCUAAAUCUACCCCUAGCUUGCCACCCCCAUGCAAUAGUGCAAAGCGCAAUUACCAGGUCCGCUGGCGCACAGAGUUCAUGAUGGAUUAUGACUGUCGUCGUCAAGGUCUCAUCUGCAUGGUAUGUGGUGGGACAUUAGCCACCCUGAAAGUCAGCACGAUCAAGCGCCACAUAGUCCAGGUGCACCCUUACUCCUUAGAUUUCACAGCUGAAGAACGUCAGAGGAUCUUGGAGGCCUACAGUGAAAUGGCUCUACAUUAUAUUCAUUCUGAGGAGUGCUUUAAAACUCAACCCCAAGAGGAAGCAAAAGGACGCAAGCGAAAGUCCACUGCUAUGGAGGAGUCGUGAAGACCCCAAUAUUCAUACCAUAAAGUGUAAAGAAAUAACCACCACCUUUGACUUGGCGUAAUGUGUAGUCUUUGCACAUUAAGAUGUUAUUUUUAUGCCCAAUUUACAGUCUUUAGCCCAUUAUUUCAUAGACGGUAGAGGAUUUACUACCCAUUCAGAACUGGCAUUGGUGAUUAGGAUUGGAAUAUCCCAUAAUUCUUCUCUCGCUUCAGUGACCGUGCAUCCUUUAGUUGUUUCCAGAAGUAUGUUUUGUCUAAAUGCCCCUGUAUGAGCAGGCUGUAACUAUGCAUUCUGUACUUUACAUGUUUGUGGCUUUUCAUCAUAUUGCCACGUGACUGUGAAAUCAUGGUCCAUUACAUAUUUCUCCAUAGGGUAAAAUGCAUGGUGAGCAAUGCCCUUUUUUUUUUUUUUUUUUUUUAAUAUAUAUAUAUAUUUACCUACCGUAAAUGCUUUAAUCUCACCAAACGAAUUGCCCUCUCCCCCAAAUACAUGUUACCCUCUGUUGCUAGAAGUAUGCUGCAGUAAAGAAGAUUUUAAUUGUUUCCCAAUGGACUGUUUCUUGGAAAAUACAGUGCAGGCAUUUUAUGCAUCUUCUCAGACAUAAUGAACCCUACUGGCUUUUCAGCAAUGCUGAUGCACAUACAUAAUUUGUCUCAAUUGUAUAGUAUGACAGCGCUCGUACUGCUGGUCCGCAGUUGGAUAUUUUUCUGGUAAGCACUUGAGCAUCUGGGGUCAUUACUGUUGAAUGCACCAGAAACGUGGCUUCAAAGAGGACUUGUUCUAAUUCCUAACCUGAACUAUUUUCUUUUUCUAAUCUGCCUCAGUUUGGCUUUCAUUUAUAGGAAAGCAUUUCCGAUGUUACAUUUCAUACUGAAACACAAUUUGGCAGCUUCUCUGGGGACCCAUUCAUCAAUUUUCCUUCUUUUUUUUGCUUAUAAAUAUGAAAAUGAUGAUGCUCUAUGAAAUAAACUGUGAUAAUUGUAUGUUGCAGAUAAAGCUGGCUCCCUCAUGCA